AGUUGUAUCAUCCAGGUUGGGCCGACAAUCAGCAGGACACAACCAACCACACUGAUGUCCUCGUCACGUGAUCUGCUCAGAUCUGCUCCCGCGGACAUCUGCAAAAUGGAGGACCAUGAAGCUAAAGAACCAGAGCAGCUCAGAAAGCUGUUUAUUGGAGGUCUGAGCUUUGAAACCACGGAGGAGAGUUUACGGGCCCAUUUUGAACAAUGGGGAAGUCUCACCGACUGUGUGGUGAUGAGGGACCCCAACAGCAAGAGAUCAAGAGGGUUUGGCUUUGUAACAUACUCCUCUGUAGGGGAAGUUGAUGAGGCUAUGAAAGCAAGGCCUCAUAAAGUAGAUGGCAGAGUUGUUGAACCCAAGAGAGCCGUGUCCAGAGAGGACUCCAAUAAACCAGGUGCCCAUCUGACAGUGAAGAAGAUCUUUGUUGGUGGAAUUAAGGAGGACACUGAGGAGUACCACAUUCGGGAGCAUUUUGAGAAGUAUGGAAAGAUCGAGUGCAUUGACAUCAUGGAGGAACGCUCCACUGGGAAGAAGAGAGGAUUCUGCUUUGUGUCCUUUGACGACCACGACACUGUAGACAAAAUUGUCGCCCAAAAAUUCCACACAAUCAACUUCCACAAUUGUGAGGUCAGGAAAGCUCUCUCAAAACAGGAAAUGAGUGCUAUAUCCACUAACAGAGGCAGGAGUGGAGGAUCUGGAAACUUCAUGGGGAGAGGUAGUAAUUAUGGAGGUGGUGGCAACUUCGGCCGAGGUGGCUACGGAGGAGGACGAGGUGGUUAUGGCGAUGAUUUUGACAAUGGUCCAGGAGGAAAUUAUGGUGGAGGACCAGGUUAUGGAGGAGGCAGGGGGGGCUAUGGAGGUGGUGGUCCAGGGUAUGGCAACCAGGGUGGUGGAUUUGGUGGCAGCUGUGAUGGAGGUUACGGGGGUAAUGACGGCGGAUAUGGAGGGGGUGGAAAUUACAACGACUUUGGAAAUUAUGGUGGACAGCAGUCCAGUUAUGGGCCCAUGAAGGGAAAUAACUUUGGUGGCAGAAACUCGGGUGGACCCUAUGGUGGUGGCUACAGCUCUGGCGGGGGCGGCGGCGGAGGUGGCUAUGGCUCACGGCGAUAUUAAUUAUUUCAUGUUUUGGCUUCAGUUCUUAGCAGGAGAGGCGAGGAGAUGAGCAAAGGAAAUGUCAGGAAAGCUGCAGGUUACUUUGAGGCAGUCAUCUGAAAGCAUUAGAGGAACACACAAGGCAGACAUUACUGCAGCUAAAUCGGAGAAGUUUAUGGAAGAAGGACUGUAUAUACAAGACAUGAGUGCAGAUGAUACCCUUCCCUAAUUGUGAUAGAUGUUUCCCUAAGCAACUUUUCCUUUUUAUGCGUCUGAAGUGUGUGUAUUGUGCCUAUGGUAUCAGGGGUAAAUAGUAAAUUGUUUUUUUUUAUCUGAAGCCAGAUCUUAAUAUCUUUAUUUUCCUUUUUUUAUAUGAGUUAGUUUUCUGCUGGUUAAUUAAUUCUUUGUCUUUACACCUGGUUUUUGUCAAAUAGCAUAGUUUUAUCAGGCCCUCAGAUGAGCUAGAAUUACUCUAUUUUUCUUUCUGAAGUUAUUAUGAUUGCUGAAUUGCAAGUGUCAAGUGUAUUUUGAUUUUGUAUGUGAAGCACAGUAUGUAAAUCCUUCGUAGUACCAGUGUCAAAUUAUAAGCAGUCUGGAUUAGAAUUAAGGGAAUCCCUCACUCAUCUUGUUCCCAGAAAACCGCAUUCUAGAUUGUUUGAAUAUUUUGAUUAGUAAAAAAAAGACCGAAUAAAAUUGUGUAGUAAAGUAACAUGAAGUUCAGUGCGUCAUUGGUUCAGAAAGAGAUUAAACAAGUAAUUAAUUUUAUAUGUUGCCUGCUUAUUGUGACUGAAGUUUAGCAAAUCAGUCUGUCCAGAACUUUUUCCUCAUUUGGGAGUAUUAAGUCCUCUGUGGGGGGAAAAUAGUGUGUGUGUGUGUGUGUGUAAAUAUACAUACUGUGUUUACUUGUGCUAAGGUCCAUGACAAGAGAGUUUUGGGUAGUCCUAGGGCAGGGGCCCAUACACCACAUAUGCCAGUGUUGAGCAAAUAGGAUUAUAACAGCCACGAGCACCUGCAGUUGGUCCCUCAGCAUCGCUAGUGUGGAAGAUUGCAGAUGACUGUCAGACAGGACGUCUUCAGCCCCAGCACAGUGGACCAGGCAGCAUUUUGAGAGAGAAAGGAGAAGGCAGCAUCGAGCACAACGCCCGUGGAGGAAACUUGCAGUGUCGUUCCUGGUAGUGAGCAUCUAUCUCCCUUUCAAUGCUAGCUAAACCCUCCAGCAGCUGGUGCUAGCGAAGAAAGACUAGUUCCUGGACACAUUGGAGAUCCUGUUGAGUCAGAUACCACAGUUUUACCCGCAAAUGCUAGAUUUCAGACAUUAACAAGAAAAGGGAGUGAGUAUUUCACAAAAGCUGACUUAAGAAGAUGGAGCAGGUAAGAGUAACCACUUUGCUUGAUUUGCAGAUGUGGAAAGAGGAAUUCUCUUCUUGCUGAAAAUCUGUAAAGACCUGAUAACAUGGAAGGUUCUGGAUGGGUAAGACUUUUUCAAAAUAUUAUCCAAGGCUGCUCAUAUUGUAAUCUAACAGUGCACAUGGUGAUAAUACAAUGUGCAAGGGUUCUUUUAAGGUAAACCAAGCAGGAUGACAUCAGGUAUUGCUCCACUUGACUGGAAUCAGCCCUUGACCUUCACCACACUGCUUGGUAUCCCUGGAAGGCAAAAUAUGUGUCCAUGUUUAUUAUCUUUUACUAUCAGUCAGAUAGUUCUGGUAAAGCAGAUAGUGUCGAAACACUUGGGUAAACAAUAUAUUAUCCAGCUCCUACGAAAAGAACCACAAUUUAUACUCAGUGGCCACUUUAUUAGGUACACCUGUACAAUGUAUCACAAUUCAAUACAACAGCUCUGCCAUACAUUUUGCCUUUACAAAGAUUUGAAUCUGUUUUUGUUGACCUAUGCAAACUGUUUAUUACUGAGGCCACAGUUAAAGGUGGUGUUGUACUUGACUACAUUCAUUAAGAGGUGUUUCAAAUAUUUUGUCCUCCCUAUUUAUAUACAUGAGGGGGCAGAAUAUUAGAAACACCUCUUAAUAUAAUGCAGUCCAGUACAACACCACCACUAUGACCUCAGUUCUAAAACAUGUAGUUUAAUCAACCAAACUAGGCAUCAUAAAAGUAGACUUUACAGCAGUUGUAUUGAUUGCAUUAGAUUGUACAUGUGUACCCAAUAACGUGGCCACUGAGUGUGUGUGUAUAUAAUCGUGCCAAACUAUCAUGAAUAUCAUGCAGUGUUAGAUGUAUGGAAAUCGUACUUGUUAAUCCUCCUCACAACAUUUGUAAAUAAGCAGAACAAUGUAAACAUUAUAGAAAAGGACUUUUUUAGAAAAGGCGAUUAUAUAGAAAACUGUUUCAUUUAUACUUCUUUAUUUAUAUUCUUUAAUAAGGCCAGUUUUAAAGCAACAUGAAACCUCUACAAGUUCUGAGGAGGUCGAAUCCUCUGCAUAAAUCUCAGGAACAUAUGCCAAAAAAAGGUAAAUGAUUUCUUAAUUAUAUGACAGGCAGUCAAAUUAACAUAUGGAAGACAUACUGUCAACGGAGAGGAAACCCAUGUUGACACCAUCCUACGGUUUGACAAUAUUCAGAGUAUUUAAAAUACUAAUAUUUGGCAUGCUGUGGAAGAUGACUUGCUUCAAAGGCCAAACAUUUUUCAUUACGACCUGACAGUUCCAGAUAAGUUGAGAUGUCAUAGGAAAUUCUGUAAGGUGCAGACAUUCUGCUUGUAAUUACUGUAUUGAGGAUGUAGCAAUUGUAUAGUAUGUUAAUUAACAUGGCAGGUUUAAACAUGCAUUUCAAAUUUAACUUUUUAAUUAUGCUUAUCAAACAUAUUUUAAAAUUUAAUUUGGCAGGGGUUGUCCGUGUUAAACAUUAUCAACACUAUCAAUAGUAGAAAUAUGACCCACAUGGAUUACCUGCUAUAAAUUUUGAUUUUAUCCAUUUUAAUUGGAAAGUAUUCAUACAUGCAGGUCUACUCAGUCUGUAAAUGGAAAUACAAUUCCUGCUAAUAUGUUGCUAAUCAGCUGAAUGAUAGUGUUUCUACAGAGUAAUCCAGAAUGACCAACUCUAUUACACACAAUAAAUGCUGUGCUUGGCAAAAGCAGACCAGUGUCAAUAAACUAUGUUUGCUCAACAGUAAGAUAUGUACACUACCUUGUGAUCUUAAAUAAAAACAUUUUUCCUGA